GAAUAAAGUAUAUAUAUAUAUAGAGAGAGAGAUAACCUAAAAAAAAAAAAAACAAUAUAUAGUGAGAGAAAGUUAUUAAGAGAUUAGUGUCGGUGAAUUUUUUGAAACUUCUCUUUUGCGGUUUCGUGUUCCUCUCAUCUCUUCUUGGCCCACGUGUUCAUCAAUCUCCCUCUCCGCAUGUAAUAGCUUCGCCAUCAAUUUCACACAUCUUCUUCUUCUUCUUCUUUCAACUCUAAAUCUCUUUAGAUCGAGAAAAAGAUUAGUUCUUUCGUGGGUUCUUGAAAUCUCCGGCGAAAACCCAUAUGGAGACAGCGACGGAAGUGGCGACGGUUGUUUCUACUCCGGUUGUUACGGUUGCGUCGGCGGCGUCGGCGACGAGGAAGAGAGAGAAGCCGUAUAAAGGGAUAAGGAUGAGGAAGUGGGGGAAGUGGGUGGCGGAGAUUAGAGAACCUAAUAAACGGUCAAGAAUCUGGCUUGGCUCCUACUCUACUCCUGAGGCGGCGGCGCGUGCUUACGACACGGCGGUUUACUAUCUCCGUGGUCCUUCCGCUAGGCUUAACUUCCCGGAGCUUUUAGCCGGAGUUACGGUGGCGGGCGGUGGAGGAAACAGUGGUGGGGAUAUGUCGGCGGCGUAUAUUAGGAGAAAAGCGGCCGAGGUUGGAGCGCAAGUGGAUGCGUUAGAAGCGGCGGGGGGAAAUCGUCAUCAUCAUCAUCAAAAUCAACAUCAACGCGGUAAUCAUGAUUACGGAGAUAAUCAUAGUGAUUAUCGUAUUAAUGAUGAUCAUAUGGAGUGUACUAGUAAGGAAGAGUUUAAGAGGUGUAACAACGAGUCAUGGGAACGGGUUGAUUUGAACAAACUACCUGACCCGGAGACUUCGGAGGACGAUUAGGAAAAGAAUAUAUAUCGAAUCGAUUUGAUUUCACUAGCU